CUCAAUGACCAAACUACUCUCUAUCCCAGUCCAGCGGACCAGCUGCCAAAGGCACCGCCUUUCUUCCUUCCCCCACGACUAAGGAGUCUAGAGCUUACAAAGCGCCUAGAAUGGCGACUCUGCCGAGCCAUGGGCUCAGGAGCCUCACCACUGCGCGCCCAUGGCUCCUAAAUCGUCGUCCCUCUUCAACCUUCGCCUCUCUAUCUUCUUCCUCAAUGGCCGAGGACUCGGCCGAGGCUCCACAGCCUAGCGCCUCCAAGCCCAGUAAGUCCAACAAGUCAUACUUCCCGAAACGAGGCCAGACCUUGGAGCUUCUAUGCGAGUCCCUGGCUUUUAAGGGGAAAGGUCUUUGCAAGGUGGCGGACACCGGGUUCGUUGUCAUGUGCGACCGUGCACUUCCAGGUGAGCGAUUCAUUGGGCGUGUCACUCGCAAGAAGGAAAACUAUGCGGAGGUGACUAAAUUAAAGACAAUAUCUCCUCACUGGGACUUUGUUGAUGCCCCUUGUGAGUAUUCUUCCUAUUGUGGAGGAUGUAAAACGCAAAACCUCUCUUAUGAGGCUCAGCUUAGUGCCAAGGAACAACAAGUCCUAGAGUUGGUGACACAUGUCGGCAUGUUUUCUAGUAAGGAACUGGAAUCCCUUGACAUCAUGAAGCCAAUUGUUCCCUGUGAUAUCCAGUUCCACUAUAGGAACAAGAUGGAAUUCUCCUUUGGUUCUCACGAAUGGUUACCUACGGAAUCAUUAUCAGAGAAACAAGAUGGUAAUGAGAGUUAUGCACUGGGACUUCAUGCUCCUGGCUUUUUUGACAAGGUCCUGAAUGUCAACAAGUGCUUACUGCAAAGUGAGCCUGCCAAUAUGGUUCUUGCAGCUAUCCAAGAUUGUUGGAGAGAUCCACAACUAGGUCUUUCUGCUUACAAUGUUCACUCUCAUGCUGGAUUUCUUAAGCAUUUAAUGCUAAGAACUGGAAGGGAUGUGAAGACUGGUCUGCCUGAACUUAUGGUCAAUUUUGUGACCUCGUCUUACAAGCCUGAGCUGCUGGGGCCCCUAGUUGAUAAAAUAUCACCUGUUCCUGAAGUGGUAAGCAUAAUGAACAAUGUAAAUACCUCUAUUGGUAGCACUUCAGUUGGGGAGGAAGAAUACACUUUGUAUGGAAAAUCUACCAUCACAGAGAUCUUAAGGGGGCUCACGUUCCAAAUAUCAGCUAACUCUUUCUUCCAGACAAACACUCGGCAGGCAGAGGUAUUGUAUAAGCUCAUAGAAGAUUGUGCUGGUCUUAGAGGGGAUGGAUCAGAAGUUGUUCUUGACCUGUUUUGCGGGACUGGCACCAUUGGUCUGACUCUUGCCCAAAGGGUCAGACAUGUUUAUGGAUAUGAAGUAGUUGCUCAAGCCAUUGCAGAUGCUCGCUUGAAUGCCAAGCUGAAUGGAAUCCACAAUGCCACAUUUGUCCAGGGGGAUCUGAAUAAAAUUGAUGAAAGUUUUGGCAACAAUUUUCCUAAGCCCGACAUUGUCAUUUCAGAUCCAAACCGUCCAGGCAUGCACAUGAAGUUGAUUAAAUUUCUACUAAAGCUCAAGGCACCACGCGUAGUCUAUGUAUCGUGUAAUCCUGCCACGUGUGCACGUGACCUUGAUUAUCUAUGUCAUGGCGUGAUAGAGAAAAAUAUAAAAGGUGGUUACAGGCUGAAGAGCCUACAGCCGGUGGAUAUGUUCCCGCACACACCUCACAUUGAGUGUGUUUGCCUGUUGGAACUUUGCUGAUUUCUAUUUGUAACAAUAGUUCUCAUCAACUUGUAGGCACCAAAUCGGGUUUGUGUAAUCUGAUUCUUUCCUUACAAUUUUGCUAUUGGAAAUAGAUUAUUAGCUCAGGUGGAGAAGAAGUGUGGAGGUGGAAAUCAGUGGGGUGGAAUUAUUUUAUGCCCCUUUUUAGUAUACUCUUCUUCUUCUUUUUCAUUGGUUUUGAUGUUUAAUUAACUGGCCAAUUUUUGGUGUCUUAGAUGGCCUCUCACAUUUUAUUCAUUUAAUUAUCCAUUAAACCCAUCAAUUUCUCAAAA